AUGGAUGUGCUCCUCCACGUGGUGCAGACCACUUCGGCCUCACCGCUCUCCGCGCCUGUGGUCCUAUCGGCAAACGGUAGCCACACAAGUUUCACUGUGGAGAGUCUGCGGCUCUCACGUACAGAAGCGCGACUGGGCAGUAGCGUUUCUGCUCAGUGGCACGUCGCUCUCUGCUCCCCUGCGGAAGACGAGAGCAUCCACGGUUGCGACGGUGAUCCACACGCAUUUUUCUCAGCCGCCCUAUCGAGGUGUCCCCCAGCAGCACCAUUGUCACCCGUCCCCUCCAGCACCGUGCACGUCUCCGCCGUCUCCGUAGAUAUUACGGAUCUUCGUGGACGGCGGUCACCUGGUGGCCACGCCACCACCGCUACCGUAGACGUGUUGCGGGAAAAGCUGCAUUACUUAUGUGCAGCGUUCGUCAGGGCAGGCGUCGGCGGUGCGGACGCGCCACCGGUGGCCUACGCCGAAACGGCCUUUUUUUUCGGUAGCCGACUUGGCACGCGCAAAGACGCGCUCUACCUCACGGCGCUGCAUCGGCUCCUUGUGGAAGCACUGCUGAUCGUGAAAGAUCGCGCCUUGCCCCCACCAUCACUGCCACCGUUGGAUGUGGACGUCUCCCUCGUGGACUACGACGAAGUGUGGGGUGCAGGGGACGUGCUAGCAGCUGAGGUAGCCCAGCCCUCCGCGCAUGGCACACACGUGCAGCGGAGCCGGGUUACGUGGAUGCCACUGACGAAGUUACUGGAGUAUGUGCCUCGGCCUCAAAGUGCGAUGACUGGCACUUCCACCACCCUACCAUGGUCCACCUCUCUGACCGAGACGAACAGUAAGAGUCAGACGAGUGCCACUCAGUUGGCUCAGCUUGUGCGACAGCGGCUGCAGAGGUGGUUUGACCGCAUCGACAGCGCCACGUCGGAAUUUCCCUCAGCGCCAGUGUCCCCGUCACCGCCUGCCGCGGCGGAUCGGCUUCGCCAUUUAGAGGGGAACACUCUUCUCUUCACAUUGCGGCUGCGGCGCUGCACCAGCUCAUCGACGCCGGCCUUGCAAGCGCGCGUCAGCGCGGCGUACUUUACACUCGUACUGCUCCCCGAGUGUGGGGCCGCCCUGCUCCAUGGAGAAGCUGGCGCCGCUGUCGCUGCGAUGCGUAUGUCGUCGCGUCGGGCGGGUGCCGCACUCUGGCGCGAGUUCGAAGCGCUCUCAGCCUUCAUGCGAUCUCUGCCGCAGAGCAGUCAUUGUCGCAGUGAUGAUGAACAGAAGAGAAGCAGCUGCAAGAAACACGACCGCACCACUGCAGCAACUGUGCAAGCACAAAUGCAUGCCGCUGCCCUUCGGCGCAGUCGGUGGCUGACCACCAUCGCCCGCAUCCAUGAUCCUCUGACCCCGCUGACGAGAGCGUCAGUCACAGCUACAGGCGAGCACAGCUCUGACGAUCUUGUGGAUUAUUUUCUGAACAGUUCCACUGUACGCUCGUUUUCGUGGAUCGGGUGUAUCGCCGCUGCUGCUAGCCAUCAGCGCGCAACGCGCUCGACUCUCGCCUUUCUCUCUCGCCUCCAGCCACCGCAGAGGGCACGGCGCGACUGUCCAGCAUCCGUAAUGGAGCGCUCGCCUGAGAAAGCAACGGGCGCUCCAUUGGCCAGGCACCUUCACACACAUCACAAGAACGCCGCGGAUGACACCAACGAAAGAGAUGCGCCAAGAGCCCAAGCAGCAUCGAGCAGCUCAGCUACCUCCACGCCACCGCUCCCCUCUCCCAGACCGUCUGCAAAUGCGCCGCGACCGUACUUCUCUCCUUGCCCCCAUGGUGGCAGCGCAACGAGCAUCAACAGUUCCAAAAAGGCAAGGACGGCGGCUGCAUCUUACCUGCCGCUCAGCGACGAGCCCAACACUACUGUGGAUCCUGUCGCUGCUUCUUCGCGAGUCAGUCACGCUAGUCGCGGUUCAGAUAACAGCGAUGUUUCGUCCGAAGAUGCCUGUCAGGAGCGAGCACCGCCGCCAGCUCAAGUUGAGGCGCUGGUCACCUCCCUGCGUGUGUACGCGUCGGUGCUGGAGGAAGAGGUGCGGCGGCUGCGUCGCCGGCUCCAACGAUAUGAAGCAGCACCCUACGACAGCAGAGGCAGCACUGGCGAUCCGCCCGUCCGUUCGCCGCCCCAAGAGAUACAGGGAUACGACUCUUCUAAUACCUCGGUCGGUUUCUCCGCCCUCCACGCCACUUCUCCAGGUGUCUGCGACUCCCUUCCCCACUUGGUUCAAGUUGCCGUCGACGACCUUCGCACGGAUGCGCGGUUCCCGCUGGCGCUCCAUGUAAAGCUCAAUGCUCUGAUACAACGGCUAGCGAACUCAUACACAGCAGCCGUUCAGGUGCGGCGAAACGACGCUGCUGACUCACCUGCCGUGAUGCAGCAGCGAAAUGAAAAGAGAGAGGUCAGGGAUGCGUAUGUCGCGCAGCUCGAGGCCACAGUAGCCCUGUAUGAGCAAAAGCUGGCGCUCAUGGAUUACUACGUGGCACCAACGCUGAUGCAGUGCGUCGAUGAAUUGGAUCAGUGGCAGCAGCAGCAGCAGCAGCACCAUCGGCAACGCAUGCGCACCGCUCUCACAGGGGUAAGCCUAGGUCCCCCACAUCCAUAUCCCACACUGCUGCCGGAGUGA